AAUAAACAACAUGGUUGCAUCGUUUUUUGCCAAAAUAACAAAAUUUUCGGCUUUAUUUAUCGUCCUAUUUUUCUCCAAUGCUUCCUCACUAAGAAAAACAGACGAAGGAUACUGCAUUUGCAAUAAAAAUGAAAUUAGCUGCAGAGAUUUUCAAGAUCCAGAUCAACUAAACGAGAAACUGCAAGACAUCAAAAGUAACUGCACUGUUUCAAGACUGCAAAUCACUCAUUGUGACUUAGCAGCUUUACCUAAUGACUUUCUUCUGGAGUCCAGCUUCACGGAAUUGCGACUGAAAGAGAGUUCGAUGCCUUUCUUAUCAGUUCCUUUUUCAGACGAAAAUCCUUUUAAUGGUGGAGAGUUGAUAACGAAAAUUGUAAUAGAAAAGGUACUUUAUCCAUAUAACUGGAACUGGACAGUUUUGAACGCUUGCCAAGAUUUGAACAGUCUUCGUAUUAAGAACAGCGAUAUGGUGUACAUUGGACAUACAUUUAAAAACAUGAACCUGACUUCGUUAAGAGCUCUAGUUAUUGAGAAAUCACGAGUGAGAUGGAUAGAAGCUGGAGCCUUUUCUGCUUUCAAAAACCUUGCAUUUUUCCAAUUUCUAGGGAAUGAAAUUAAAUACUUUGAACGAAGCUUUCUGCCUAAUCCAGCAAUAAACUUACAUGCCGUCAACUUUAAGAACAACGAUUUGGAAUACCUGGAUGAGGAUUUAUUUUUAAACAUGCCAGAGCUGACGUACGUAAACCUUCAAAACAAUAAUCUAGAAACAGUUUCAGAAUUUAAAGAUAGAAGUUUUUUCGUUGAUCUCGCAGGUAAUCCAUUCCAGUGUGACUGUUCUAUCCAAUGGCUGCAGAAAAGUUAUAACAAUACGGAUAUAUUUCGCAUUCAUUGCUUCAUGCCAGAUAAUGAAGAACGAGUACCAGUUCGAAAAGUCAGUUGGUCUAAACUUGGCUGUGUUGAUAUUUGAUACAAACAUUUAUUUUUGGAAAUAGAAAAUUGAACCAAUAUUUUCUCAUUUUUGAUUGCACUCAACAAUAAGUCUUCGAAUGUAUUCGAAUACAAAUUUCUGGAACUGUAGCUGU